AUCUACCCUUUAUUUAUACAUGUGUUCGAAUAUCUAUCGAUCUUUCGUUAACCCUUAGUCUUUAGCGCCCGAUAUGUCACAUUCACAUUUUGUAUACUGAAUUCGAAAUCAAGUCAGUCAUUUGUGUCUUAAAUUCUGAGCGUGUCGCAUAAAUUUUGUAUUAGAAACAAAUAGAACAAAUAUCUCGAUCGCAAUUUGAUACAUUGAACUAGCCAUGACAUUCGGGAAGGCCGUCUGGACGGUGCUGUCCUGCGACACAAUGGUCGCAAUUUUGGCCACAUUUAUGAGCAUUGUAAUCGCUCGCAUUAUAACGGGGAAAUAUUCGCAUCGGCUUGGUCGAAACAAAGGCUUUUUGGUUGAGUUCUCAUUGAUCGUUCCGCAGGGCAUCCUCUUCACAACGGUGGCGAGCGCGUAUAUUCACUACUUUGUCGGACUUCUGAUCAUAUUUUUGUUGAUAUAUAUUUUGUGGACGCGCGCCUUAUCGCGCGCCAAGACUCGCAGGGAAUUUGACUUGGGCAGCCGGCCAUUAUGCUUAACCGUGGUGCGGGCGCUGACUCACCUAAUCACAGCCGUUUGUAUAUUGGCCAUCGACUUUAAAAGCUUUCACCGGCCAUAUCGAAAGAGCCGUAAAUUUGGGGCCACUUUAAUGGACACCGGAAUUGGACUUUUUGUGCUCACCAUGGGCCUGGUGUCGCGUCGAUCUCGAAACUGGGUAGAUAUACGUCGCUGUGCUCUGCGCUCCACAUUGCCGCUGAUCGUGCUGGGCUUCGUUCGGAUUUAUUACAAUCGUCUGCUUAAGUUCGAGCAGGACGAGCACGAGUAUGGAAGACAUAUGAAUGCGUUCUUUACGCUGGGCAUCACCAAGCUCAUAGGCAGCGUGCUCAGCCUGGUGGCUCGCACGGAUGCACAGCUCUUUCCGAUGGCCUGUGGACUUUUGUUAACCCAUCAAUUAUGUCUAUCCUUUGGCUAUCUAUCGCCAAUCGUUAUGGAGCAUUAUUUUCCACGCACUACCCUGCUGUUUGCCAAUCGUGAGGGUAUCUUUUCACUGCCCGGCUUUUUCGCCAUUUACUUGCUGUCCAUAUGCUUUAGCAGGUGGUUGGUGCGCAACACAUUGCUCAGCUAUCAGGAAAUGUUACGCAAGUUACGUGAUCUGCUUCUCAUAUCGUUAAGUUGUUGGCUACUGAUGGCAGCGGCCCAUUACAUUGUGGGCGUCGCUCGGGUCACCUGCAAUUUGGGCUAUGUUAUUUGGAUGUGUGCCAUAUCCAUCACCAUGAUCACCCUGACCGUAUUCAUAUGUGACUUUUGCAUCGACAGCGUUAUAUCCGAUACGCUAAUCAGCACAGUUAAAGAUUUAGAUAAGUUGGAGGGCAGAGAAACGGUUCCAACAUAUAUUAUCUGCGAAGCCUUGAAUAUGAACGGUUUGACUUUCUUUCUCCUGGCCAAUUUGCUGUUGAGUGGAAUUAAAUAUUUCUUAAGCCCUGAAUCACGAUCUAGUAUUACGUCGUUGCUAAUUCUAUUUAUAUACAUGCUGAUCACUACUCAUCUAAUAUGUCAAUUGAACAGGAGGGGCAUUCGAAUCGCCUAAUGCAGUAUUCCAGAAUCCUGUAUAAUAACUUUGUAAUGUAA